CCUGUUUUAACUUCUACGUUUAUGAAGGAAGCAAAUACAACAAAGCUUAGCUUACGUACUCUGUUCCUGGCGGGAAAAGUAAAUUUCAUUUCAUAUUUGACAGUUUUCGUAAAUUUAACCUUAAUUUAAGUUAAGUUUUCAGUUAAAUGUUUGCUUUUAAGUGAAAAAAUGGAUGAAGAUAAUUGUGAUGGACCAUUUACGGUUUGGCAAAUGUUUAACGCGCCGACUAUGGUGCUAUUUAAUAACCUUGAAAAUGCUGCGGAAGGUCUUGAAAGAUUGUUAACAUCAAUUUUGAAACUAUCUGGAGAUUUUUCGGAGGUGUUAAUACCCAGAGUCGGUUCUACAAAAUGUCCUGAUAGUUACUAUUGUGCAUUUAAUACUUGGUUGUUGGGACGAUUAUUUUACGUAUGUUCUGUUAAAGAAUUAAAUAUGAUUCAUGGAUCAAGUAAAGAUGCUCAAGUUAAAAUUCUAAAUAUACUAUGUGUAAAUGGGGCUAGUUUUUAUGAAAAACUAAUUUUGCAGUAUCACUCAAUUCUCUUUGCUUUAGUUAAAUAUUAUAAAGAAAACUCAGACAGCCUAACACCAGGAGAAAUACUAUUAGAUCAUUUUAAACCCGAACAGAUUGAUAUACCUAAUGUACAACUAAACUUGGAACCUAUAAGUGUUCAAGUUAAAAAUAUUAGUACAUGCACAUUACUGAUAAAUUUUGUUUUACAAUUACUAUCAGAAUGUAUACCUCCAUAUUUACUUAAUAUUGAUAAAUUUUCAUCCCACCUUCAAAAGCUUCUCGGUGAUGUUUUAUUUAUGCUAGAGCAUUAUAACAUAGAAGUUAAAUUGUUAGUAUUAAAUUUUUUUGCCAAUUUAAUAAACAAUACUAACAAUUCAUCUGGGAUCCAUUUUCAAAGUAGUUUUCCUCAAAUAUAUAAAAAAUUAUUAUAUUGCAUGGAAUGUAUGGUGCAAAAUAUAGAUAUACUUUUUGAAAAAGGCAAUAUUACAUCAGAUCAACUUACAAAUUUUAACAACGUAAUAAUAAAAUUAUUAAAAACAUGUGACAUAUCAUAUAAUGCCAACCACAAAGAUGUACUAUCUACAAUAGCUAUAACUGUUUUGAAAAACACAUCAAAUCCUGUGUUUAAUAAAGAACUUAAGUUGUAUUGUCUAUCACUAAGCAAUACAGUAAACUUUCCUAAAGAUGUUUUAGACCUUGAAAAAAGAAAUUCAAAAGAAAUAGAUAUGUUAGCAGAUUGUUACUAUAAACAUAUAUUGGAAUAUAUUAAGCAGGAGAAAUGCCAAACGAAUGAAUUAAAAGACUUCUGGUUCUUCAAGCAAGUUGUGAAUGUUAUAUUUCAUAGUUUGGAAUUUAGUAAUAAUACAAGAGAUGCUACUACUUUGUCAUUCAAUUUAAUGAGACAUUUAUCUGCAUUAAAUAUAUUGCAAAAAGUUUUUAUAAACUAUAAGAAAAAUAACAAAGAUAAUUCUAAUAUAAUCAUAUUAGAGCAAACAAAUUUAAAUAAGACAUUUGAAAUGCUGUCGGAAUUAAUUAAAACACAUGAUUAUAUUCUUCUCCAAGAUUCUAUUUGUAUGUCAUUGUUUCUUAAUAUUGUAUUGACAACAACAUCUAUUAUGAAAUGUAUAAAUGAAAAUAUUAAAAUGGAAUCAUUUCCAAAAAGUAAAAUAAUGCAAAUGUUAUGUCUACAAGAGUCAUUGCAAAAUAUGCACAAAAUUCUAAGUUAUAAUGAAUGUACUAAAGUACUUAUUCUGAAAUAUAUACUAUUGACGAGAUUAAUCUUAAAUACUAAGGAAAAUGAUAUUAUGGAGAGAGUGAUACUAAAUUUAGUUGAUACUAUUUUGAAAAAUAAAAAUUCUACCACAUAUAAAGAGGUAAUUGCGAUAUGUCCUCUACUAAUAUUAUGUAAAAUAUCAUUCGCCAGUAAGUUAAUAGGCGAAGUAUUAUUGCCGGCAUUCCUCACUAAAGAUCCAGAUAUUCAAGAUGAAUUAACAAAGAUAGUUCCAGCUAUUUCUUGUAUGUCAUUGGGAACUUAUGCAAUUGUUCUCGGUCAUUCUAUGAUUGAAGGACAUUCUAUAUUUUAUAACGAAGUAUUAGAUAUAUCAAUAAUUUGUUAUAAUUGCCAUAAUAAACAAAAUUUACCACAGAAUAUAUUUUUAAACAAUGUCAAGAAAGAAUAUGUGGUUUUAUACAAAGAAAGUAUUCAAAUAACUCCAUCACAACAAUCAACUUUCAAUGGUUUACGCAAUUUGCUUUGUAAAUUUUUGAAUUACAAGCAAUAUACAAGUCUAGAAAAUAGUCAGUAUUGGAAACUGCUUGAGCGAUUAUGUAAUCAUUUUUAUGUUUUCAACUAUGGUUUAUCAACUGAAAUUAUUAAGGAGGAAAACUUAAACUAUGUUUUCAAAGCAAUUAAACCACUUAUUCCACAAAAAACGACCAACAAUAAUGAGGUAUCGACACAAAGUGAAGAUGUUUUUCCUCUAUGCAUUAAUUUACUAGUAAAAUUAACGCAAACAAGCUUAGAGAGCAACAAUAACAAUAAACAAAUAGCUACAUUAGAAGCUAUAAAAGAAUUUGGUCUUUACUGUAACAACAUAGCAUUGUUGCCAGUUACAAAACUUUUUAUAUAUUUCAUAAUGCACCCACAAUGUGCAGUUGCACCUAAAGCUGAGGUUUAUUUAAGGGAAAUUUGUGAAUUUCAUGGUUACACACCAAACCAAGUAUAUCAUAGAUAUAAAAAGGAUUACUGCAGACUUUUUGUUGAAUGCAGUCUUUACUGUGGAAAGGACUUCGCCAUAUCUUUACUAAAAGUCGUCAGAGCAUUUGGUUUUGUAGGCUAUAGGGACUUUAUUUCGAAAGAUGUUCAUCAUUUUUUACCAUAUUUGAUACCAUAUUCCGUCACUAUUCCAGAAGUACCAUCGAUGAUUGAAGAAAUUGCCUCUUUAGUUCAAUGUUCAGUGUCAGAUUUUAUAAUUGAAAGAUUUCCUCUUAUCUACGUGCACGUUUAUUUAAACGAGAAUAAUGCUGUUGCUGAUAAAUGUUAUUCAGUUCUUGAGAGACUGACGAAAUGUUCUAUUUUGAGCCUUAUAAAAAAGCAUUUUAGAGUAAUUUUAACAGAGUUUUUACUUCAGUACAGUUGUAAUCCUGAGAAAGUACUAAAUGCUUGUAGAUACUUAGCUUGCCAUGACCCUGAUGCUACUCCGUCUGGGAGUAUGAAAAUGAGUACUACUCAAAUAGCGGACUUUUUGAAUCCUAAAUUUCUAGGAGUUCUAGCAUACUUUGAUCAUAAGCUUGUGAACGCUAAAGUUGCAUUAUCAGUGAAAAGAAAAGCGUUAAAAAGCUUUCCAGAUAUGAUGCAAUUAAUGGGCGUGAAGUAUAUAACUCCUUUAAGGUUCAAAGUCCUCGCGACUUUGAGGUCAGCUUUACCUCUUGUUAAAGAAUUUCCUAAAACAUUAGCUGACGCAUGGUCCGCUUUCAUUCACAAUCUCGACAGUAUAUCGCUUGGACCUCUACUAUCCAAUCUUGCUGUAUCAUUAUUACAACAAUUCGAAUACGCACCACAAGAAAUCAAUAAAAUAUUUCAGUAUCUAGUCUUAAAAAACGAAAAUUUACUAAGCGCUCAUUUAUCAGAUCUUUUCUUUCUUGGAGAUUCGAAUAUUUCAGAAAAAGUGAAAGCUGUUAUUAAAAGACACGUGAUCAGAACUCAACCAGAAGGGUUCUUGGAUAAAAUAAAAUGGUAUUUAGAGCAUUUGAAUAAUGAAAUACCAAGAAUAAAAGCUUAUGCAAUUUCACAUUUAGAUGUAUUACUUAAGAACAAUAGAAGUGAAAUACAUAAAGCUAUUUUUGGCGGGAAGAAUAUCGAUCCUAUUAUAGUAGAACUUAUAGAUUGUUUGUUACUAGGUUGCAAAGACCCUGACAACAAAGUAAGUGAAGCAAGUGGGUCUUGUCUAGGACAGUUGGGUGCCAUCGAAGCAGGUCAUUUACCUCGUCAGUACGUGCAGCCUGACAGAUCCCCCUUCGCCUUCACAAUAGUCGAUAACUGUUUUGCGGCUACAGCUCUUGUAGAACUUUCUAGAGCAUUCCAAUACGAAAAGGAUACAACGAAUAUGGACUGUUAUGCUUUAACCAUCCAAGAGAUAUUAAAAACUUACGAAAUAUCACCAACUGGCAGUAAGAAGGAAGUGUGGGAUAGCUUCCCAGAGAAUAUGCAUCAAAUUAUGUACCCUUUACUCAGUUCAAGGUACACUUUGGCGUACCCAUCUCAGCCGAAGAAAAUACAUCCACUUUUCGGUUCAGUUCAUGCAACAACAUUCUUAGAAUGGGCUCACAAUUGGACGGGUCAAUUGAUAUCUAUAAUAGAGUCGGAAAGCAUACGCGACUUACUGCGCACAGUACACCCUAGCAUGCGUCGCGAUCUCCGCACUCUGUUACUGUUCUUUCCUUAUGUACUACUUCACGCUAUAGUCUCCAAAGCUGAUACUAAAUAUAUACAAGAAGAGAUAAUGGCAGUUAUAGGUCGAGAAAACUUAGACACGGAAAAUAAUGUAAGGUCUGAGAGAACUUACAAAAUGCUACGUCACAUCAGAAUGACUCCGAAUAUCAAUUCGGUGCAAGCUGAAGAAGGAAAUCAGAGCAAAUGCAGUAAAACAAUAUACUCAUUGUUUGAUUUCCUGAACCGAUGGCUUUUGGAGUGGUGUCAUGUGAAGCAGCGCCCUACUGAGAAUGAAAAUUACAAAGCUAUAAAAUCGUUUAUGGACAACUUCGACAAACUAACGAUAGCUCGUGGUAGUUUCGCUUGCGGUGAACUGGAGCGCGCGCUACAGUAUUUAGAAUUAUACAUGGACGAGAGGAAAGAGAGGGUACAGGAACAGUUGCCAUUGUUGGCAUUGUAUGCAUUGUUAGAUGAACCUGAUUCUGUUGCAGGUAUUCUGUCAAUAAAACGUUCGGAGCCAUCUUUGAAGGAGUUGAUCCUCGCUCAAGUGGUGACAGGCAGAUUGCAAGACGCCGCGCUCUGCUACGAGAGACUGGCUCAGGAGGGACAGCUCGACAGAAAUAGUAUGCAAGGCAUGAUAGACUGCUACUUGAGCCUGGACCAGCCGUUCACCGCACACCGUCUGCUGAGUGAGCGUGACUCUGAUGAUAUGACGGAGCUGGCUGCGGAGCCAUUAUGGCGGCUCGGACGUUUUGAAGAGCUAGAUCGACUCGCUGAGAAGCCUGUUCCCCCAUCUCGUGAAAACUGGGGUCUACUAAUGGGUCGGGUGCUACUAGCAUAUCGUAAACAGGAUCAUGAUGCCUUCAUAGUAUCCUGCAAGGACGCUACGAGCAAGUUACUUUCACAAAUGGAUGGGAAGAGCAGAGGAGAAAGUGCUUUAAGAAGUGGCUACCAGAGUGUAUUAGGAUUGCAUAUAGUGAAAGAAGCGGAACACGCCGAAGAAGUUCUUUGUAGAUUAAAGAACUUAAGGGAUGGUGAUGAUGAAGGUGAAGUGAUAUUAAGUCAGCUGCUAGACGAAUGGCGGCGACGACUGGCCGUGGUGCAGUCAGAUGUGCGCACUGUUGAGCCUUUGCUCAGACUCAGGAGGAUAUUGUUACAACAAACACAGGAACUAUUAGAACCGACACAUCCGAUGACGUCGAAUCGCUUAAAGGCCAGUAUAGGCGACCUUUGGCUGCAGAGCGCUAAGCACGCUAGGAAAGCGGGGAUAUAUCAACAGUCUUACAUGUAUAUCCUGAAUGCUGAAGAGUAUCACCCUGAAGAGUUAUUCAUAGAGAAGUCCAAAAUGUACUGGGCGCGAGGACAACAAGAGCACGCGUUCACCACUCUGCGCCGCGGACUUGAUGAGACAUAUCCACAGAUCGACAGACUCACACAACAACAAAGGAAAAUCUGUGCAAAGGCAAAACUUUUGAUAGCUAAAUAUAACGAUGAGACUACCAAAGUGGAUGUUGAUGUUAACAUUGGAUAUUAUAAAGAGUCAGUUGAAGUGUUCAAGCAAUGGGAGAAGAGUUUGGUUUGUCUUGGGGCUUAUUAUGAAAAAGUGAGCAGCAACGAUACGACUCCAAACAGUAUGACGUGGUCUCGUCGUAUACAGGCGCUAAACUCGUACGGCAAGGCGUUACAGUACGGACAUAAGUAUUUGUACCAGAGCAUGCCCAGAAUGCUCUCUAUAUGGUUGGAUAUGGAAGUGACGUCAGCGGACACCGGUAUACAUACAGUGUUGGCACAAAUGACGGAGAUCAUCAAGACUUACUCUGAAAGGCUGCCCAUAUAUUUAUAUCUAACGGCUUUCUCGCAAAUCAUAUCUAGGAUAUGUCAUCCUGUUAGAGAGGUCUACUUACAACUAAAAGCUAUAAUCGUGAAGCUGAUACUCGCGUACCCUCAGCAUACAUUAUGGAUGAUGAUGUGUGUGAUAAAGUCCAGCUACCCGCAGCGCAUCAAGCGGUGCUCAGACGUCUUCUCAGACCCUCGCCUCAAGGAGACACGUAUGCUCAAACUGGUUGCAGACUUCAACCAGUUUGCUGAGAGAUUAAUUGAACUCUGUAAUAAGCCGAUAUCUGGAAAUAAUACGAAGCCAACAGUAUCAUCACUGGUCCGUACAUUACCUCGUCUACUAGACAGUGAUAACUUCAGUCGUAUAAUGAUACCGUUUGAAGAAUUUUGUAAGAUAGUCCUGCCUUCCAAGGCGGCGCGACAAGAGAGGAUAGAUUUCAAUAUACCUAAAGAACCGGCAGUGUAUAUCGCGGGAAUUGAAGAAGACAUACAAAUACUACCGUCGUUACAGAAACCAAGAAAGGUUACAUUAAAAGGUUCUGAUGGUAAAUCUUAUAUAAUACUACUUAAAUCCCGCGACGAUCUCCGUAAAGAUUUCCGUCUGAUGGAGUUUAAUGGUGUAGUGAACCGGUUCCUGCAAGACGCGGCGGAGACGCGGCGACGCCGGCUCUACAUCCGUACUUACUGCGUACUGCCACUUAACGAGGAGUGCGGCCUCAUACAAUGGGUGCCAAACUUGCUCGGACUUAGACCAAUACUCCUACAUAUAUAUAAACAGAAAGGCAUACAUACUACCAAUAGGGAGUUGAAAGAAUUAAUGUGCUCCAAAAAUGAUCCGUUGGACAAAAUGCGUCGAAUAUUCGAACAAUACCUGCUGAGGAAACACCCUCCAGUCUUCCAGGAGUGGUUCAGACGCGUCUUCUCUGAUCCAUACGGAUGGUAUCAAGCUAGAUCAGCGUAUAUAAGAACAACAGCUGUUAUGUCAAUGGUGGGAUAUAUAUUAGGUUUGGGCGAUCGUCACGGUGAGAACAUUUCGUUCGACUCUACUAAUGGCGACACAGUUCACGUGGAUUUCAACUGCUUGUUCAACAAAGGAGAGACAUUCGAGUGGCCCGAGCGCGUACCCUUCCGUCUCACACACAACAUGGAGGCUGCCAUGGGUCCGCUCAAACAUGAGGGCAUGUUCAGGAAGUGUUGUGAAGCGGUGAUGCGCGUGUUGUGCGCGCAGACAGCGGCUCUGAUGUCGGUAGUUGGGCCGUUUGUGUACGACCCGCUGGUGUCGUGGGGCCGAGCCCGCCUUGACUGCGCUGAGCGCACCAACUCCGAGGCUGUGCAGCACUUGGCACAUAUACGACAUCGACUCAAUGGGAUGGUACGGACAAAGAAUAAGAAACUGACCUUAUCUCUAUCUCCCGAAGGUCAAGUGGAACAUCUCAUUGUGGAAGCCACCAGCGUUCAGAAUCUCUGUCAAAUGUACAUCGGAUGGGGGCCAUUUUUGUAA